AACAACACAGUGAGUGAGUGACUAUCUACUUCUCCCAACCAACCCUAAAACCACCGCCUUUUCUCAAAUUUUCCGUUCCCUUUCGACUCUCUCUCUCUCUCUCGUCAAAUCGUUGAAUCAGAAAUGGGGAAAAAAUCGAAGAGUUCAAGGAAGGGUAAGAAAGAAUGGAGAACUAACAUAAGCACUGAAGAAAUUGAAGAUUUCUUUGAGAAAUCAACAAAAGAUGCUCUUUCUGGUGGUUCUGUUCAAGCACUUGAAAGUCAUUCUCUCUUUUUUGAGGACAAAUCCAAAGAUCUUGCUGUAAAGAAGAAGAUUGAAAAGCAUAGAGAAAAAGUGCUUCGGGUUGAUAGCGUGUUAGAAAAAAACCAGUUUGUUAAGCCAGUGCCAUCUUCUACUCUAAAGAAACGUUUGAAAAACCGGAAAGUGGUGCCUAAAAGUUUAGUUGCCAAUCAAGAUAGUAAUAAGGAUGCUUCAGAGUUAGAAUCUGACGUGUUUGAUAUGUGGGGUGAUAAAGAUGAGGAAAACAAGAAGGUGAAAAAGAUGUCAAAGCCUGCUCAUAUUCCAGCAGUUGAGGUUGAUCCUCCAGGAUGCUCAUUUAAUCCUACACAUGAAAGUCAUCAGGAUACAUUAGCUACUGCUGUUGCGGAAGAAAUGAUUAAAGUCUACAAAAAUGAAUUGGGCCCUGAACCGGUGCCUUUAACUGUUCCUGGAGAACUCAUUUCCGAAGAAGAUAUGUAUUUUCUUGAUGUGGAUGAUGGGAGUGAGGAUGAUGAAGGUGAUAAUGACAAUGAUGGGGAAAAUGGAGAUGCUGCGUCAGAGAAAAAGCCGGUUAAAACAAAAAAAGUGACUAGAGUUGAGUUGAAUAAGAGAGUUCGGCGCAGAGAACAAUUGAGAAAAGAAGCUGAAGCAAAGAAGCUGAAGAUUUUGUCGAAAGAAAUUGAUAGCAUCCCAAAAAUCUUUCAGGAAAUUAAGCAUGAAGAUAAGGAAAAAAAGAGAAGACAUCUGAGGCGACAAGUUGCUAAACAAGAGAAGUUAAAAGCAUGUCCACCCCGCUUAGGAAAGCACAAGUUUCAGCCUGCUCCCGUUCAAGUUCUAUUAAGCGAAGAGAUAAAUGGAUCGAUCCGAAAGCUUAAGGGUUGUUGCACCCUUCUAAAGGACCGGUAUAAAAGCAUAGAGAAGAGAGGGUUGAUUGUUCCAAAACCCAGGAGAAACAGGUAGAGUCAUCUUCGUUGUUUGUUGGUUUCCCUAAAGUCCCUCCAUUGAUAUGUGGCAAGAAGACAUGUGAUGGAUGAAAGACCAACAGCUUUUUGACAUGAAAUUUUUGUUUGUCUUGUUUUGUCUCAAUCAUUUAAGAAUUUUCAGUUGUAAGAAUUUCAUAUCUUAUGUAUUUUUAUUUGAUGCAUGCUUACAAUUUUAUUGAAAGCAAUAUAUAUUUAUAUAUGUAUGAUUACUCAA